AUGGAUAGAGAACAAGAAGAGACGCAAUUCCUAGGCCUCUUUGAUAUCUACAUAGAAGCCUACAAAGUCAUCUACAAAUGGAGGAAAAUAUUCAGCCAAAUCACCCUUUCUUUGAUCCUUCCAAUGUGCUUCAUCUUCUUAGCUCACAUGGAAGUUUACCAUCUUUUCUUCUCUGACCUUAAGCACUCUGAGUUUCAGCUCCUACACACUCACACGGGCACGGCGAAAUACAACAAGAUCUCUGAUCACAUAAAUUCAGAAGUAACCUCUCUAUGGCUUUUCAUAAUUGUUUACUUCACUAUCCUCGUCAUCUUCUCCCUUCUUUCCACCUCUGCUGUGGUUUACACAAUUGCUUGCAUAUACACUUCUCGUGAAGUCGGUUUCAUGAAAGUUAUGAGUGUUGUCCCUAAAGUUUGGAAGAGGGUUAUGGUCACUUUCUUGUGUGCUUUCCUUUGUUUCUUCGCUUAUAACUUUGUUGCCUUCUUUGCCUUUGUUAUAUGGUUUGUAUGGGCUUUCAGCAUGCAGGGUGAAAACGAUGGCAUCGUUAGAUUUGUUGUCGUGAUCAUGGGGAUUCUUUAUGUCGGCGGAUCCGUGUACCUUUCGGUUAUAUGGCACUUAGCUAGUGUGAUAACCGUGUUAGAGGAUUCAUAUGGGGUGAAAGCCAUGCUUAAAAGCAAGGAUUUAUUGAAGGGGAAGAUGAGAAUAGCCCUAGUUUUCUUUUUCAAGUUCAAUCUUUCACUUGGUGUCUUGAACUUUAUUUUCAAGAAGUUUGUGGUACAUGGAAACCAUCAUAUGCAUCUAGGGAUGUUGUAUAGUGUAGGGGUUGGGUUGCUUUGUCUUCUUUUAUUGUUCAAGUUGAUUCUCUUUGGUUUGGUGAUUCAAACAAUUAUUUACUUUGUUUGCAAGUCCUAUCACCAUGAGAACAUUGACAAAUCUGCACUUUCUGAUCAUCUUGAAGUUUAUUUGGGAGAGUAUGAACCUUUGAAGUCCAAAGAUGUGCAAUUGGAGGCUUAUGACGUUUAA